GCAUCGCCUUUCUGGUGCUGAGAGACAAGGGCGGCAGGCUCCGCCCUUGUGUCCAAUCAGCUGCUUCGAGGACCGGGCCGACAUGACGUCACGGCAAGACAGCCAAUGAGCGUUCUCACGGUAAUGACGUCACGCCACCGAUCGAAGCCGAGCGUAGUCGAGUCGAUUCGGCGGCGCUCAAGUCACACACAACAACAACAGGGACUCUCCAUUCAUUCUCCGCGAGGAACCUUCGGUGCCUUUCUAGUGCUCACACUUUGUUGCAGUCGCCGCUGCUCGGGAACUGGGAGUGCGUGCUGCGCGUGUGCUUGCGUGCAGGAAGGGAAGGCCAUGCAGUGAGUGUAGGAGCGCGUGUGUCCGGAGGAAGGAGAGGGACGUCGUUGUGCUGUGCUGUGACCUUCCCUCCUCGCCGCCAUUGUCUCUCUCUCUGUCUCUCUAUGGCUCCCGCAGCCAACACAGCCGCCGAUAAAGGGCGGAAGGAGGCGGCCACCCAGGAGCAGGAGACAGACGAAGGCUUCGACUCGCCUUCAGUGGUAAGGGCGGGCGGCGGCGAUGCCAAGGACCAGCGCCUCCCCUCGAGGUCGGACUCAGACGCGGAGGGCGCCUCGCAGAGCUCGCGGUCUAACGGCAGCACGAGCGACAGUGACAGCCAGCCGGACUCUGCGACUCAUGGAAUCUCUGACGUGGAGGACGAGCAAAGAAGGUCGUCCUCGGGGCGGGUUGACGGGGCGCAAAGUGAUAAGGACAGUGUGGAGGCCAAGGCGGAGACGCUGGCAGAGUGCAUUGUGUUCUCCCUUCUGGGCAAGAGAACUGGUUCCGGACAGGAUGACGUGGAACGCACCCUGCUACGUUGUGUGCGAAUAGUCAUGCAGAAGCAUGAGAUCUUCUUGAAGGGCAUGAUGAAAAGGCUGGAUAUCACCCGCGAGACAGGAUAUGUGUCCUUUGUGGCUGUGGCCAAUGAGCUCUUUGAGGGUGAGAAAAUGUGUAUCACAUGGGGCCGUAUUGUGGCCCUCUAUGCCUUUGGCGGCCAGCUGGCUCUCUAUUGCAAGGAGAAGAACAUGGAGGACUUUGCAGUUACCAUUGCCAGAUUCAUGGGCAAAUAUGCCAGUGAAAUUGUAGCGCCGUUUGUGAGAAAAGUUGGAGGAUGGGUGAGUUUUGGCGCAUCAAGUUGAGUAACUUUAAGAAUCUCCUUAGUGUUUAGUUGUAGCUCCUGCUGCUGAUGCUGAUAGUUGUGACUUAUGGUGCAAAAUAUGACCAAUAAGAUUACAGUAACCAAA